AUGGCGGAAUCACAAAAAGCUCCUGUGAAGCGAGGUGGAAGAUACUGUGUUUGUGGCGGUCCUGGUGGUGUUAGUUGCAAAAAUUCUACGCACACACCAGGAAUAAUUUUGCAUAAAUUUCCUUCGGAAAAAACAAGACCGGACGAACGAAGAUUGUGGACAAAAUUUGUGAGAAGACACCGCACAAAUUUCUCACCCACACAAUACUCCGUUGUGUGUUCUGCGCACUUCGAGCCCUCGUGUUAUCCGCAGAGCUUUUCUCUGGAUAUCCCAGAACAUCUCAGACCGAAAGCGAGAUAUUUAAAGCCCGAUGCUCUGCCAACAAUUGAUGCUGUUCCGGUGGAGACAGAUAAAUUGAAAUCAACACCAGUUUCAAAGCGUCAAAGCCGAAUGGUAAAUAUGAAGAGAGAAGAUGCCAUAAAGCGACAAAAGGAAAGACGGCAGAAAACUGUGCAAUUAAUUCCAGCAGGUACAGUAAAACAUACACCCUCUCCCAUAUGCAGAGCAUCUGAGCUUGUAACUACAUGUAAAUCACUUUGAGUUGCAAAACAUAACAAAACACAUUGAGUUGCAUGUGCCCAACUUCACUGUAUUAUUUUACUGUCUAGCACCAGACAAUUUUAUGUGCCAAGGGAAGAGCGCUGGCACUUAAUUUAAAGUCAGACAUACUGUAUUGCAUCUUAUUACAAAUAAUUACAUUAUGAUUAUUGAUAAACUCUUUAUUUUAUUGAACAAAAUGAAGAAAAAUGAAAUAUUUGACAUUUAAUUGCAGCUUUAGAACAAGAUACAUUACUGGCAUCUCAAAACGAGCUAUUGGCAUAAAAAACCACUAAACAACCAAGACGUAAGCCGCAGUGUAAAAAAUGUGGAAAGCUCAUGAAGGGCCAUUCAGCAACAGAGUGUGCAAGACUUUAAUAUUUACAAAGAUACCUGCUGCAAACAAUAUAUUAUUAAUUUGUACAUAAUUUAUACAGUGUCCUAAAAAUGGUUAGUCUCCUUUGCAUCCAUUCCUUGUGUAGAGUUUAUCUACAUGAGUGCUCACUUGAGUACAUGCCAGUUCUGAAAACAACUAAUUACAGCAAUGUUUCCUAAUUUUAGAAACAUGGCCGGAGAUAUGUUUAUACAGUAGAUAUAUAAUUUGCUAAUAGAAUGGACUUACACAAUACAAAGAGAAUGGAAUGUGCUUGAGUGAGCAGUCACACAGAAAAACCUCUACCUGAGGAACAGCUGCAAAUGAGAUAAAAAAUGUUGCAAAUAUUUUUGCUGUUAUGUUAUUCAAUUGUACAUAGUAUGAUAAAAUAUGGUAGAAAACAUUUCUUUACAAAAAAUAUAACAAUACAACAAUUAGCAAAGACUCUUAAUUCAUGUGUAACAGUUAUGAGUUGUACCGUCCGACACUCAUGGAAAUUGGGAAAACGAGAAAUUGUGUGGAAACAUGACGGCUUUUUGCACAAUUUCUUGUUUUCCCAAUUUCCACAAGUGUUGAUAUAACUAUCAAUAUGGAAAAAUAUUUUAUUAUUUUUAUAAUAUAGCACAAAGAAAUAUAAAGAAAUGAAUGUUCCAUGUUGAGAUUGAGUUAUGUCAACACAACUCUUAGCCAAUUAGCAUUCAGAAUUUAUAUAUUAUUUAUUAAUUUAAUUUAAUGUUCAUUCCCUUUCCUGUGCUUUCAUAAAUCCCUUUGUCUCUGUGCUUGGAUAUUGCUUUCUUAUAUGCAUGUAUAUACAUGCAGGAAGAGGUCUUGCAUUAUCCCAUCCCACAUAACCACUUUACUAUCCAUCUAUAUGCCACUGCACGGAGGUACCUAAAAAGGUACCAAAAGAAAUUUAAUAUGUGUGACUG